AUGAUAUGUGGACCAACCGUCGAGCUGAUAUGUGGAUCAACCGUCGAGCUGAUAUGUGGACCAACCGUCGAGUUGAUAUGUGCACCAACCGUCGAGCUGAUAUAUGCACCAACCGUCGAGCUGGUGCAUAUUGGAUACCGUGUAAAUACCGUAGAUGAGGCACUUACAGUUAGAUCUGCGUCAGUCUGCGCCGCAGAGUGUACUUCGAGAAACGCUGUUACACCGAAUACAUGCGUGACGUCAACGUACAACACCGUCACCAAAGAAUGUUUAUUGAGCAGUCAGUUGCUUUCGGGUGCGACGUCGGGACUAGGCACUGCAUUCAAGACGAUGACAACAGUAGCAGAUUGUACCAAACCACCACCUGUUAACAACGGUGUUCUCGUUGUCACCUCUCAAAGUUCUACUGGUUCCUUAGCAACACUGACGUGUGAUACUGGAUACAUUCCUGGAACCAGCAGUCCAACGACUGCUGAAUGCUCUGAAGUCAUAGGAUGGUCUACUGAUGAAAUCAGCUGUAUUUUCCCGCCAGAAACUACAUAUUAUGGUACUAGCUUCAUAUUCGGUUACAUGGCAAAUGGUAAAACCAAUAGUGGUUCUCCUACAUUUUAUGUCAUGUGUCCACAAGGUGAGGCCACCGUCAGAAUUUUAAUUCCGAGUCUUGCCAUUGAUGAAGAAGUCUCAACGGUUGGCGGAGUUCUAACAAAACAGUAUACAAGCACGCUUGCCUCUGCCGCUUCUGGAUCGAUUUCUUCAAAAGCAGUUGUUGUAACAGCAAAUACUCCCGUUGUCAUAUUUAGCGUAAAUUUAAGAACCGGAAGUUCUGACGGCAGUUUCAUUUUGCCGGAAUCUUCACUCCAAAGUACUUAUCUGAUUUCCGGUCAUCCGUCAACGGCUUCAGGUUUGGACGAAUUUCUCGUUGUUGGAACCUCAGAUACAACUCAAGUCACUUUAACUACAAGUUCAGGCUUGUCCGAAACUAUUGCUUUGAGCAGAAUGCAGACGUAUUAUAAAACGGCAUCUGAUAUGACAGGCACAAUGAUAAGCGCCAGUGCACCUUUAUUUGUUCUGUCUGGACAUGUGUGUGCAAACAUUCCCGACAAUGCUGUAAAAUACUGUGACUACAUUGAAGCCGCCAUGCCACCGAUAAAUGCACUAGGUACUGUCCAUAUUAUUAGCUUUAUGAAGCCUCGACCUGAUUUUACAGUCAGCAUUGUUGCACCUUUUAAUCAAACGUCAGUAAAGAUAACAGAUAAAGUCGGAACCCAAAUCGACUUUUUUUCUUUGAAUGAAAGAAACUCCGCGUUCAGAACGUAUACAGGCUCUGCAAUCAUUUCAAUUAUUACAGAUUUGCCGGUUCUUGUAACCUUAUUUGGCCAUGGUUCCACACUUGUGCUUGGAGAUCCCUCUAUGAUGAUUGUUUCCGACAUCACUUUCUUCGGUCACGUGUAUGAUUUUUUUGUGCCUACAGGUUUUAACGAGCCAAGUACUUUGCAAAUUAUUAUAUCUGAGGUAUAUCCAGUGUCAGGUUUGCUGCUGAAUGGCGUACCACUAUCACCAUCAGAGACUAUAGCUACAACAGUUCCCCAACACGGCACGUUCAUAGUGGUAUAUUCCGAUGUUGUAUCGGGUAAAUAUCGGAUUACUCAUACUUCGGGAAACGCAGUCUCGUUUGGAGCAUGGUUGUAUGGUCGUACAAAUAACCAAGAAUAUGCUACUAAUCUAGGAAUUAAUGCUUGAUUAUCGGGAGUGGGAACUAUCACAAUAUUUGUAUAGUUUAGAAUUUUAGACUUUCUGCU